AUGGAAGGUAUUUUACGGUCUAGGUUGGCCUCGUCGAACCGGGAAGGUCUUGUUAGUCUUACCCCUGCUCAACAAAGUUCUGGGAGUACGGCUAUUCCCAUCUUAGGGACCCCAUCGACAGAAGUAGAAUCUAUAAAAGAAACUCAAGAAGCAAGUGCAGUCAAACAAUCUCAACCUAGGAUACAAUAUCAAUUGAAGGCUGUUAUUGGGAAGGGUUCGUUUGGUGUUGUCUAUAAGGCCGUCAAUAGGAAAACCAACCAAGUUGUCGCUAUAAAAGAGGUCAAUUAUGAUAAUGAUGAGGAAUUGAAUGAUAUUAUGUCAGAGAUACAUCUGUUGAAGAAUUUAAAUCAUGUUAAUAUUGUAAAAUACCAUGGGUUUAUACAGAAAAUGGAUACUUUGUAUAUUAUUUUAGAGUACUGUUCCCGUGGUUCUUUAAAGAAAUUGAUAUCCCCAAAUAGAGGUAUACCUGAGAUCGAAGCACAAUCCUAUAUUAGACAAACAUUACAAGGUUUAUCUUAUUUGCAUGAACAAGGUGUUAUACAUAGAGAUAUAAAGUCUGCAAACCUAUUGCUGGAUUCAAGCAACGUUGUCAAAUUAGCUGAUUUCGGAGUCUCCACAAAGGUAAAUAAUGCAUCAAUGGCUAUGACAUUGGCAGGCUCAUUAAAUUGGAUGGCUCCUGAAAUUAUAGGUAAUAGAGGUGCUUCGACUCUAAGUGAUAUUUGGUCUUUGGGGGCUACUGUGGUGGAAUUGCUUACUGGGAAUCCUCCUUUUCACAAUUUAGUUGAUGUGAAUAUUUAUUAUGCAAUCGAAAAUGAUACUUAUUUACCACCUGAAAAUAAGGUAUCCCAUGUAGCAGCUAAUUUUUUAUCAUGUUGUUUCCAGAAAAAUAUGUAUUUAAGACCAACUGCUAAACAAUUGUUGCAGCAUGAAUGGCUAUCACAGGAGGAUGGUAUUGAGACUAAAACACCUAUGGCCAAUCAUUUUGUGGGAAGAUUAGACAGAUUCAAAGAAGGUUAUGAGGAGGAAGAUUAUAACUGGGAUGAUGAUUUUAAAGAAAAACAAAUAGAUAUGUCACCAAGGAAAAAAGGUCAAUUUACUCCUGUUAAUUCUGAUCCAUCUACUUUGAAUAACAGAGAUAACAUACAGCCGUCUACUAUUUCUUCAUCAAGAGUAGCUAAUGAGACAUAUUUAUUAAAAAAACUAAAACAAGGUCAAUUAAUAAGUAAUAUGGCAAUGUUGUUCAAUGACUGUGUCAUUGAAAAUAUUGUGGACGUAAUUCUGAAUUUAUUAUCGGGUCCAAAACAAGACCAAGUUGACCAAUUGGUAAUUUCAUUGUUUGAGUAUGAUUAUAACUAUAAUAAUUCAUUAUUCAAGCAAAAAUUUGUUACAAUGGGGGGUAUGCCACUACUAUUGGAAAAUGAAGAACUAAUUAUUAGUUGUUUUAUUGAUUAUAAACCCCCAUCGUUUCCCUCCCCGACUGUUUAUCGCACACUAAUAGAAUCAGGGAUAAUGAAUAAAAAAUACUUCUCAAAUUUGAAAGAUCCAUCUCUGAUUCUUGAACUGAUAUUAAAAUAUUUAGAAGUCACGUCCAUAACAUUUUGGUGCCGGUGGUGUGAGAUCAAUUUAAAUUUGGCUAUUCUUUUAAAAAAUAACAAAAUACAUGAAAAAAUAUCCCAAACAAUCAUGUUGAAGCUUUCAUCUCAUGCAAAUUGGUUUUCUGAAAUACUUUUUUCAGCAUUAGUACAUGAAACAUCACCUCAAGAUAUUUUAAGUAAUCCUCAAACUUUCCAUAAUGUCUUUAAAGUAAUUACUUUCACUUUAAUGAAGACAGACUCUGAAUUGAAUAUUAUGACACAAUCUUCAUCUAAUUCACCCAGUAACUCUAUUAAAUCAGGUUUAUCUGAAGCAGAUGCUUUGCACUUUCAGAGUUUAUCUUUGAGUUCUAAUGCAUCAUUCAGUAAUAUGCGAGGAAAAAUACCUGAUAGUUUUAUUAACUGGUUGAUAACAUUUACAAAUGUAAAAUAUAAUAACCUGGAGUUAUUUAAUUGGAAAUAUUAUAUGAAAGUAUGCAAUAAGGUUGUUCAAAUGAAGAUGGAUUCUUUAACAAAAAUAUUGUAUACAAGUGAGUUUAUCAAUCUGGCCUCAAAGUUACUUCGUGAUCGCAACAGCAAACUUAUAGGACCAAUUCUACAAGAUGUGGUCUCUAUAUGUGUUGAUCUAUCGAUGGAUUUACGCAAAGAUCGUGUUCCUCCUCUAUUCUUUAGUCUGGCUAUCAGUUUCACUAAAAUCGAAAAAUACUUAACACAAGGUAUACAAAUAACUUUAAACUGUCUGCAGUUGUUACUUCAUGAAAACUUGAAGACCACUCAAGUAGCAUCAGAUAUACUAUCGAUUGAUUUUAUGUCUAAUGGAAAUAAAAGUAAUAUCAUUAUCCACAGUUCCGAUCUAGUAGAGCCAUUUUUUGCUUUGAGAAAGGACAAUGUUUCAUUUGGAAAUUUUUUAAACACAUUUACAAAACUAUGCUCUUUACAACAAUUAGAAUUCAUAUCUUUUGAUCUGUUAAUGUUUGCAAAUUUUGUAGAAAGAAUAAAAAGUUUUUUCCAUAUCUACAGGGGAAGUUUAUUGUUACAAAUUGAUUUAUUAAAGUUUAUCAAGAUUGUCAUUACAAAAGCUAUAAAUUUCGACCCAAUUGAUGAAAUUUUCGUUAAAACGUCAGAACUGGUAUCAUUCUUUAAUAAUAAUUGGGACAUGCAGAAAAAAGAUGAACACAAAGAUAAAAAUAACAAAACUUCAGAACAGGUUGGUUGUGAUUCGAUUUUGAUACAACAGCUUUGUAAAGAUAUAGAAAUACUAUCAAAGGGAUAUUUCCCAAACAAGAAUUCAGCAACCAACUUUGACAAUGACGGUUUUGCCAUUCCAAAAUGGACCGCUUGA